UACCUAGGAUUUUAGGAUAAUGCUUUCUUCCACUGAUGCAUCAACAUCCUAUCAACGGCUAGAAACGACAGGUGCAACUUAACUCCAGUAGGCAGCUUCACAUGUUAUCAGACAUGCCAUCCUCUCCUAUAAAUUAGUUAGGCCAUCCCUUCUCAACUGCCACUUUGAACUAGUCCAAGAAAAGAGACUCCACUCUUUAGCCAUUAAUGCAUUACAGAAGAAGCACAGCCUCCUCAAUCUCUGAGGUGUUUUCUCUGAGCCCUCUACCUUAUCCAGUCCUGCUAAUCUUGGCCGUCAUCUUCAUCUUCCUCAGUCUCCAAUGGUACGUCUCUUACGAAUCCAUCGUGGAGGCCACCGAGGAGGGCAUGGGGUGGCUGCUGAUGGCAGCACCACUAGUCUUGCUGUUUGCUGUUAGGUGGCUGUCGACUCUCGACAGCCCGCCCUGUUGGUGGUUCUCUCCAAGGUCGCCAUGGGAAAGGCGGCAGAGUGAGUACUUCGGGGCGGGGGAGGGCGGAUCGCCAUGGGGGGUGGCAGCGUUGAUCUUGUUGUUGCUUGUGUUGGUGCAGUACCAGUCUGUGUUUCUUGAGAGUUGGUUUAUAUGAAAAUCUUUAGUGUGUUUCAAGGACUGUGUUCGGUGGAGGGUUUAAUCAUGCAAGACGAUGUUGUACAUAGUGAAAUAGGUAAUGGAUGGUUGGAUCUGUGUUGUUAACUCUGAUGGCUGUUAACUUUGUCGGUUGAUGUUUAGUUAUUAAUGAUUUUGAGGACCACUAGAGUUGUGGUUUGUAAUGUUGUUGAGCCCAAUAGUUCUUUACAACUUUUUCGUCUUUGUUUA